AUGGCAUCCACUCAGGCGACCACCGGCUUGGUGAGCAAGCUGCCUUCCCGACUCCAAAACUUCUUCGCCCGUUAUCCUCCGCAAAUCUAUUCCGCCGCCGUGGCACCCCGUGCUUCCCCGGAGGAGACGACACAAGCUGUCAGCGAAGAGUCGCUGCCCUCGCCAUACACCCCAAACAGAGACGCCAAGGGCUACAAGCACCCCGAUCCCAAGGAAUUCUCGCCCUCGAAAGCCCUCCUCCACACCGACCCCGAACACCCCAACCCUUUCCUGCCUCACAAGAACUUCCGCACGGGCAAAUGGAUUAGCCCGCGCUACGGGCUGCGCACGCAGGCCGACCUGGUGAAAUUGGCCGUCAAAUACAACGUGGAGGCGCUGCUGCCGCCGGGCCGCAAGUCGACGGAAUUCAAGGAGACCCGGCGCGCGGAGCGGGGAUUGCAAAUCAAGGGUACUGGUAUCGGACAGAAGGUCAAGGGUCACAAGUGGGAACGUACGAUGGAGGCGCGUCUGGAGGACCGUCGCAAGGCUAUGCUGGAAAUGCCGGAGAUGAUCCGGUUGUGGAAGCAGAGAGGUCACGGUCGUGGCUGGAAGAAGUGGCCCAAGCGGUAA